CAAUUUCUCCUCCCUUCCUUCCCUUCUACAGUUAGUUGACAUCAGUUCUAAUGAUUCAGUCCUUUUAAUCAUUUUGAUUUGCUGUAGAAUAAUUUCUGUCAUUCCGGGCUGUACAGUAUAUUGCUGACAAACCUAUACUUACAGUAUAAUACUGCAUUAUGAAUUUACUCGUACUGUUCUCAAAUAAUGAGCUAUAUUCUGAAGUAGUUGACAUCUGCCAACAUCUCAAAAAGACACAAACAAAAAAGGAAGGUUUCAGUUCAGUCCAGAAAAGACAGACAUUUAAUCUGCUGUCUGCUAAUCUUGUCAAUUGUAUUAAAUUGUCCGUUUUAUUUCUCUUUCUGUUACCCUUUCUUUGUAAUUUUUUCGUUUUCUUUAUUCAAUUUUGUAUAUUUACACAUUUUAUAUUUGCUUUACUCCGAAAAAUAUUUGUUAAAAAAUAAAUAAAUCAAUAAAAAGCCCACUUCCUGUUUGGAUUAAUGUGAUUGGCUAUAUCUAACCGCGCAGACUCAUGGGAAAGCGCGACGUUCAAAUUUGUUUCCGGUUUCAUUCGGUACGCUAGACAUGGAGCGACCUCAUAACAGUGUGGCGAGGACUCCCCUCAACAGUGUUAUAGUUCAGAGGAGGAGCAAAAACAAGAGCUACCGGCAGUCAUACCGCAGUUGCUUAGGUGCUGCUUCGCGGUUCAGCUUAACUCCAGCGUUGACAGCACGGAGGCUCAACACCAGCAGAAGAGCUCCAAAGUCACACAAUAUCACUGAGAAGGUGAAUCCAGAGCAUCUGGCCUUACUGUCGAAAAUGGAGUGGAAGCUGUCAUACGUUACUCCUCUGUAUCAGUUCAGACACACGCAGCUCAAGAGCUACUCCAGGCAGCUUUCAGCGUUUAUUGCUGCAGAGAAGCAGCAAGGCGUGGCGGUGGAAGUGGAAGGAUCACACAGCAGCUUCAGAGUGUCCUUCUCUGUGGUGCAGGGAAUGACGGAGACGGAUCAUGAUGCUGAGACUGUCCUCAUCCAGAUUCAUUCAAAGCCUUUGUUUGCCGGGCAGGAUGAACCUCCGAGGUCGGUAUGGAGCGGCUGGCUGACCUGCAUCAACGCCAACCCCGAUUACCUGCGCUCACUUCCGAAAGACUUCAUCUGUCUGCCGCUCUUCGGCAGCAGUGGGCCAGAGGGUCUCACUGCUCUGGUCAAAUCCUGGUUCCAGCAGAACUUUGACUGCUGCUUUGGGCCCCUGGAACUCAGCCAUACCAGUCUACAAUGGCUGGUGGCAUUAUGGACUAACUGCCACACUGAAUCCAGCAUCCAGCACCUUAAAAUGAUUUGGACUCUUCCAGUUGUGCCACCACUGCAGAUCACCUACACAGUUAACCCCCAAGACGCCUGGGAGCUGUGGAGCAGUGUGAGAAAGGAUCGACAGGAGGAGAAUGAGGGACGGGAGCAGGUUGAGGAGGGAGGUAGUAUUGACAUUGAGGAGGUGAUGAGGUUCAUGCAGGGGCUGAAGAGCCACUUCUACAGACACUUCAGGCUAGAUCUGUCAGCAGGAAGUCUGAAACAGGUCUCCACAGCAUUGGGUUCAGCCAAGGACAGCGGCAGGGUCAAGAUCUCCAACAGCAGAUACAUGAUCACCACCCUGACACUGCUGACAGAGUGUGCCCUCCUCAAAAUGCCCAUCUAAAGAAUAAAGACCUUAAAUAGCAGCAUUCAACAUACAACAGUUACCGCCUGGAAAGACUGGACAUGCAGCUUUGUGUUAAAAUCCCCUUUUUAUGUUAAACCUUUUCUUUUUAAAUAAAAGUGAAUCUUUUUUAUUUCACAACAUGAAAUGGAAAUACAUUUUUCACAGUAAUACCUCUACUGAAAGUCCCACAGAUUGAUAUUCUGGACACAUUUUCCUAUCAUUUUUAGCACCUAAACACCAAUGAAAUACAGGUAAUCUCGUGGCAGUAAUUAUUAUUAUAACGUAUUAAGGAAAAAGUUCUUGUGUUCCAAGUUUGCCAUGUUUUAUACUUUGUCUGCUGUGCUGUCAGAUGUGCUUAGGUUCCACCCUUUCCUGUAAAUACUAUACUGUAUAUAUUCAUAUCUGUAAAUAAAAAUAAAAGACGACACAGUGUGGUUAUUAACA